AUGAACAUUCGUAAAAAAGUUACUUAUAAUAACAUCGUCAUCAAUCAUUUCUUCAUCCGUCAAUUCGUCACAGGCCAGAGCCCCGACUUUCAAUCGAUUCGGAAUCCUGGGAAACUAGAAGAAAAUGAUAAAACAGAUAGAGAUGCAGUUAAACCAAAAAAACAAACAGAAAUUAAAAAGAAAGCGAUACCUCCGAUCGUUGUCACGCAGAAAAUCGGAAAUUACAAGGAAUUUAUAUCAAGUUUGAGGAACAUUCUAAACUCAAUAGACUUUACGUGUCAAUUCAGAAAUAACCAAACCAAAGUAUACACGAACUGCGAAGAACACAGGCAUUCUGUUAUCAGAGAACUCGAAAAAGAAAAAGUAGACUUUCAUACCUAUACCCGUAGGGAAGACAAAAUAAAGAAAAUAGUGCUAAAAGCCGCACCAGGCUUAGACCUUAAAGAAGAACUGGAGUUUGAUGGCAUCGAUGUAGUUAACAUAAUCAAUUUAAGAUCGAGAGCAGAGAAUGUUGAAAGCCACUCAUACCAAGUUUGUGUGAAAAAAGAAACAAACCUAAGAGAUAUCUAUAAAAUAAAAGGUGCGCAAAACACACGAGUCAAAUGGGCAACAUAUGCGAAAAAGAACAAAAUAACCCAAUGUUAUAGAUGCCAACAGUUCGGGCACAGCCAGGCGAACUGUCACGAAGAACCGAAAUGA